AGAUGGAAAGGGGAAACAAGAGCUGAGCAGGUUGUGCACACUGGACAGUAUCAGGGUAUUUGCUUCGGAGAGAUUCAUGCUGUGAGGCAAAGGAGCACCAACUUGUCGGUUCUGGAAAGGGAAAUAAGGAACUCCCCUCUCUCUUUUUUUUUGGAAAGAAGAAGAACAGACUUUGUGGCAUUAGGGGCUGUCUCCCUUUUUACUUACGAGGAGUAUUGGACGGAGUGGCACAAUGACUCAUUUGCAGGCAGGCCUGUCCCCAAAGACGCUGGAGAAAGCCCGGCUGGAACUGAAUGAAAACCCAGACACCCUGCACCAGGACAUCCAGGAGGUGCGGGACAUGGUGAUCACCCGGCCAGACAUUGGCUUUCUCCGCACGGAUGACGCCUUCAUUCUCCGCUUCCUUCGGGCCAGGAAGUUCCAGCAUUUCGAGGCAUUUCGCUUGUUGGCCCAGUACUUUGAGUACCGCCAGCAGAACCUUGAUAUGUUCAAGAGCUUCAAAGCCACGGACCCAGGCAUCAAGCAGGCACUCAAGGAUGGCUUUCCAGGAGGACUGGCUAACCUUGAUCAUUAUGGCAGGAAGAUCCUGGUUCUGUUUGCUGCCAACUGGGACCAAAGCAGGUACACACUGGUGGAUAUUUUGCGUGCCAUACUUCUUUCCUUAGAAGCCAUGAUUGAGGAUCCUGAACUUCAAGUAAAUGGAUUUGUUUUGAUUAUAGACUGGAGCAACUUCACUUUCAAACAGGCUUCUAAACUGACACCAAGUAUGCUUCGAUUAGCCAUAGAAGGCCUUCAGGACAGUUUUCCAGCUCGCUUUGGAGGAAUUCAUUUUGUAAAUCAACCAUGGUACAUCCAUGCCCUCUAUACAGUUAUACGGCCAUUUUUGAAGGAAAAGACAAGGAAAAGGAUAUUUCUCCAUGGAAAUAACCUCAACAGCCUGCAUCAGCUAAUCCACCCUGAGAUUCUGCCUUCUGAAUUUGGUGGAAUGCUGCCGCCUUACGAUAUGGGCACAUGGGCAAGAACGCUGCUUGAUCACGAAUACGACGACGACAGUGAAUACAGUGUGGACUCGUACAACACUUCUGCAAAAGAAGUCGAAAAGGACCUGUCUCCCAAAUCCAUGAAGCGGUCUCAGUCAGUUGUGGACCCUGGAGUGUUAAAGCGCAUGGAUAAAAAUGAAGAAGAAAACAUGCAGCCCUUGCUUUCUCUUGACUAACAAUGUCUGAGCAUCGAACAUGAAUUGGGGUGGAAGGUAUUGCCUUUCGGCAACAAGCGAACCAUUGGGAGGAGAAUGUGUACCAGCCGGAAUCCUAUUUUUCAUGUUAAUGUAGCAUAACGUAAUGAGGCAGCAGGUUUUGCCAGUAAGCCUGGAACAUGAGUGCCCUGGGCUGGAAAACAGGGUGGAAAGGAAGAAGAUGCAAAGGAGCAAAUAUCAAUAAUAUAUUCUGUUAAGUGCCAACCUGUUUGUAAAUAGAGUCUAUUCCUUCUCUCUGCAUUUGUAAGUAACCGUAGGGAUGUAGUACAGGAAAGGGAAAAAAAGAGUGGCUAUUAAAAUAUGCCAGUUGAAUGCACUGUAAAAGAACGAAAAGCACUCUGAGAAAAAAGAAAGAAAUCAGACCUAAGUAACGUUCAUCCUUUUUAUACAAAGCCAUAUUACACCUUUCAUAUGGACUGCUUUAUUCUGUUCCAACUUUUUUUUCCUUUAAAUGAGAAGAUAUAGGGUCCUGUAGACAUCGUUGUAACUGGUGUGAUUUUACCUGUCAAUCAGAUUGCAUUUCACAGACAUUGCUGAGAUUCAUGACGGAGGCUAGAAACCAUAUGAGAGAGAGAGAGAGAGAGAAAGAGAGAAAGAAGGUAUAGACACAGGGAGCCAAGCACCUUUCUUUGGCAUAUAAGACAACUGGUUUUUAAUCUUUUAAUACUAAGUUUGGGGAUUUGAGACCCAUUUAGGUCCCGAGCAUAAGGUGGAUCUCAAAGCAUCUGCCUCUUAUCCGGUCCCCAUUUGAGAACUUUCUUCCUUGACUGGACCAUUUGUAGUAAUGCUCAGCAUUCCACACAUAAUACUCAGCAGCAACAGAUUGAUGCAUUUCUAAACCUUACAAAACUGAAGUCUGAAUACAUAUCUAUAUAUUUUUUACCACUCUCUACAUAUAAAGUGUCAUUGGUAGAUAAGUAUAUGUAAUCAAGGAUUUAUAAAAAAACAAACCAUACCUAUUUGGUGUGCUUAGAGUUUAUUAUAGAUUGUAUAUUAAGACAAUGUCAUUGUUAACAUAGUAAAAGAUUAAGUACAGCAUCCUACUUUGAGCAAGAUUUAAUUGUUUUAAGUACGGUGUAGUAUAAUACCAUGCUAAGGCCAUCUUUUGUUUUGUGAUGUAAUUGUGUAGAUGAAACAUGUGCCAUAUUAGACAGAAAAUACAUUUUUACCUCAAAAGACCAAACAGUCCCUAAAGUGGACUGAACACGGUCAGCUGUAGUUUAGGGGUAUAUAUUCAUCUUUGAUGUGUGCUGAUAUGCUUGUGUAUUUUCGCCGUACAUCAAGACAAGAAUGUACCCUACAACUAUACAGAUCUCUGUCAUCAGAAUUUAAUAUGCCACUUGAACAGGAAUGACAAGAUCUCUUUCUUGCAAAAAAACCAAAAUGUUACUACUGAACUCUUAAGGGCUCUGAAGAAAUAUAUUGGAAUUAAUUAUUGGAUAUUUAAGAUGCCUAAGAUCAGGCUUAAUGUUGCGACAGAUUGUGUUCCCAUUGAAAAUCUUAAGUUUCAAGACAGUAGAAUGACUUUGUUUUAAAUCACCUCCAUACCAUUCAGAGACAACCUUCAGAUAAUUCUUGGGGAAAGAGGAAUUAAAAUACAUUCUGCCUGUACUGUCUUUGUGUAAUCCAGAUACUCUGUUGAGACACCAUAUGCAUGUCUGCUAUCAAUGAUUUCCACUGCAAGCUAGUGUUAACAUGAUGUGACGCUGUAGUGUAUUCUAGACCACUUAAUGCACUGCUGGAUGCUCAGUUAAGAGAUUCUUAUUUGGCUUAAUUUUUCUUUUCCUUAUUUAAAUUAUGACAAUGGUGUUCUUUGCAGGCUAGAGCAUUAUGCUUGGUUACAUUAUUGAAUCAUUCAUCAUUCUAAUAGCAUGGUAAACAAGCAACCUAUCUAUUAAGAAGGGAAACCUUCAUGGUGGGAACACUAUGAUGAAUGCAUUAACCAAAACAGAUCUGUUUUUGACAGGAAUGGCUUCUAGUU